AUGUCAACCUGCUACACGCCCUUCCUAAGGUUCUACGGUGUCCCCGCUCCGGGAAAAACGCUGCCGGCUCCGAUCAGCUGGGCUGGACCGAGGCAGCGUAUGUAUGAAAAAGAUGGACGGAACGCACUCUUCCCGGUCUGCAGCACCACUUGGGCAUUGGCCGACUGCUUGCGGAAGUACCUCCCCGUCUCUCGUGAUUGCUACGUAGCGCUGGGCUUGAGCGUCAAUGACGCGGCAACCUAUCAAACAGACCUCGCCGCCAUGGAAUUCCAGUGCACCACGGGAAUUGAUGCCCUCUACACCAAUUUCGAUUGCUAUCAGGCCGCCAUCGUCCAGCACGUCAACGAAAUUGAGCAGUGCAUCACGGAUUACGUGAAGAAUGUUAAGGUUGACGUUUGCAAGGCGAUGAACACGCUGAUGGACUGCAAGGCCAACAUCUAUGGCAAGGCCUGCGGCGAUCAG